AUGUCGGCACCAGCUGCAGACAAGACUCCCCCGACCAAGGUCAACCCUCCAGCCUCGGGACUCGGCUCUUCAGGCGCAUACCAAGGCAUCCCGGACGGCCUGGUGGACAUUGACGAGAUCGAUGUCGCCUUUGUUGACGUCGGCGACGGCCCGACCAACCCCUACCUGCGCAACAUUUACCCCGGUGCAGCGCUCAUCGCGACGGGUCUGUCGCUGCAUGGACUGCGGAGCGGGUCGCUGUCCAAGUCUGGCGCGAUCGCUGCCUGGAUCGUGGGUUACGGACACCUCGCGAACCCGCUCAAGCUGUUUGGUACGACCUUGAUUGCGUUCUACUUGCUUGGAUCACGGGCUACAAAGGUCGACGCAGACAUCAAAGCGACGCUCGAGGACGGACCCGACCCCGCAAAGCCUGGCGGUAACCGCGACUGGGUCCAAGUUCUCUCCAACUCGCUGCCCAGUCUGACCCUUGCCCUUCUCUACCGCCUCACUUGCUGGGACGCGCCGAGACCCUUGCUCAUGUGGGAUCUUCCCCGUCGCAUCAUCUUUGCUACCCUCGGCCACUUUGCGACCUGCAUGGGCGACACGCUUGCGUCUGAGCUGGGCAUUCUCUCGCCCGACAAGCCCACGCACAUCCUCACCGGCCGGACCGUGCCGCCGGGCACCAACGGCGGCAUCUCGGCGUACGGUCUCGGGGCGUCGGCGCUCGGCGGCCUCAUCAUGGGUGCGGUCAUGCUCGUCGACCUGAGCAUCGAGGACAUGGCGAUCCGCCGCGUCCCGCCGCAGUGGGGCUCGUGGGCGCUGCUUGGCUGGGGCACGAUGGCCGGGUUCUGCGGUAGUCUCCUUGACUCGAUCAUCGGCGGCGCACUCCAGCAGACGCUGUACAGUACCGUGGACAGCAAGGUCCUCACCGACUUUUCGGAGAGGGACCCCCUCGAGCCCGGUCUCGUUACCAUUGGUCCUGGAAAGAACUGGCUCUCAAACUCGGCCGUCAACCUGAUCACGUCUAGCAUCAUGGCCGUGGCUGGCUGGAACGUCGGUGGCUGGUAA